AUGGCUCGAGAACGAGAGGAAUCUGAAGAGAAUAGCGAUGAAGUAUACGAUGAAAUAGAUCAGUUCCAUCGAAAGCGUAAUGAAGUGCUAGAUUUGGAUGAGGGCAAGCAAUCGAACAAGAUCGAAGAGGUGCUGAAUGUUGAGGGUGAUAUUUCAUCAGAUGAGGAUGAAGAUUUUGCUGAUGGUAAUAGCGAUGCUGAUAGGGAUUCUUUAUUCGACUCGUCGGAUAACGAGCAAAAUAAAGCUGACACCAGUAAAGCAUUGCCAUCGGCUGACCGAUGGGGUCAUAAGCGUCAAGCGUAUUAUAGCACAUCAUAUGUGGAUUUGGAUUUCGGUGGUAUGAAUGAAGAUGAGGAGGAAUUAGCAGAGUUGGAGAGAGAGGAUGCGAUUGAACGACAGAAAAAACUUGAUGCAGCUCUAGAAGCUGUUCAGUUCGACGAUAUUAUGGUACCUCAAACCGACAAGAGCACUGAAGUGACGAAGAAGAAGAGGAGUGCUGUUGAUUUGGAUUCAAUGAGUGAGGCGCAGAAGCUGGAGUAUUUUUUGAAAAUCAAUCCAGAAUUCGAGAAAAUGAUCGAUGAAUAUAAAGCAAAGCGUGAACUAAUGCAAGCACGUCUACUUCCACUGUUGACCAUUCUGAACGUACUGAAAACAACCGAACGACGUACUGUGCUUGAACAGCAGAUUCGUUCAGCUGUUUCCUUAUUUUCAAGUUAUCUGUUGAAUAUAUUAUUCUAUAUGUAUUUGAAAACGACAACAAAAAUGGACGGACUUCAAGAAACGAAACGGUAUAUGGACGAACAUCCAGUUAUUGAUGCGAUUAUUGCAGAGAAAAAGCAAAUCGGAGUAGUUGAGCAGUUUUUGGAAUCGAACGCUACAGCGUUGACAAGGAUAUUGAAGAAAGUUGAAAAGAAUGAGAAUAAGUCAUUGUCAAGGCUGAUUGAGCAGUGCAGUACGGUUGAUGAUAUUAUUGGAAGUAAGAGCCGACCGUCGGAAGCAUCUGAAAACCUUACGCCAGGAUCAGUAGAAUAUUCAAAUGUUGAUGGAAUGGAUGAUAAAAAUGAGUUGAUGAAUAUGGAAGGAUAUGAUGAGGGUCAUUCCGAAGAAGGUAACGAGGGGCAUGGUGGUAAACGAGCAAUCACAUCACAGGUUUGA